CUCUUUCCUCUUCUUUUCUUCUUCUUUUCCUUUGCUGUUUCUUUUUUCUCUUUUUCUUCCUCUUUCCUUCUUUGGGAAAGCUUCACACUUAAGCACCAGAGCAAGCCCCCCAAGCCGAUGGAGUCCAAUCUCUUUCAAUUUCCGAGGCUUCACCAUCCAGCUCUUCAAAUCCAAGCUUCUCUCGCUUUUCUUAUCAUUUUCUUAUCGUUUCCAAUUUUUUUCGUUGAUCUGAACUUACUUCAAACUUGUGGGUGUGAUUUGGUGAAGAAUGAGUUUGGAGGAGAAGUACCAGAUGUUGAGGAGCGUGGCAGAGGAAUGUAUUCAAGAGGACGAGCUUCGGAAUUUGCUCGCUCAUAAGUCCGAAUGAUGGGUUUGAACCCUCUGGUCGAAUGCAUAUUGCUCAGGGAGUUAUGAAGACGAUAAAUGUGAACAAGAUGACCUCUGCUGGCUGCAGAGUGAAAAUAUGGAUUGCAGAUUGGUUUGCAAUGCUAAACAAUAAGAUGGGGGGUGAUUUGAAGAAGAUAGAGACUGUUGGGCGCUACAUGAUAGAGAUAUGGAGGGCUGCUGGGAUGAAUUUGAACAAUGGAAAAGUUGAGUUUUUGUGGUCUUCAAAGGAGAUUAAUGCGAAAGUAGAUGAGUACUGGCCUCGUGUGAUGGACAUAGCCCAAAAGAAUAAUCUUAAAAGGAUAAUUAGGGACAGAGAGGACGAAAGAGAGAAAAGAAGAAAAAAAGAGUUUUUUGACAGAGAGACUAUUUAA